AUGUCCUCCACUCUCCCAUUCUCGAUUUCCAGACUGAAGGAAUGUGUAGCGACAUGCAUCUAUUCUCACCCAGCCUCCAUAUCUCUGUACCGUCAACCCACCAUUGAAGGCGAUGAUCACAUGAUUUUCCUCAUUGAUUCCAAUCCCGACUACAUCAUCCGAGUCACCAAGCCGCGCGAAGAUGGCUCCCGCUCCUACAAUGGCCAAGAGAUGCAGGCUCGCGACAUCGCAUUGCGCAGACUUAUCCAAGAUGAGUACCGGGCUCGUUGCCUAGAUGAGCACAUCAUCCCAUGCUCCAUCGGGACCUGGCAGCUGAGCGACGAUGGGGAAUAUGUUGCUUCACUUGAAACCAAGCUCCAAGGGUUAGGGUUGCACCGCGAACCUGUUUCUGAGUUGACGGUACAAGGAUUGAAAUCCUUUCUUUCUGCGCUGAAGAGUAUCAAUGUGAAAGAAUUGGAACAAACUCUAGGGAAAAAAUUGCCCUCGAUUCCAUUCCCCAAUUAUACAUCUCUCAGAGAGUCUGCAAUCGAAGCAUGGACAAGGCUAGUGGAGCGGGGUCAAGUAUCUGUGAAAGAUAUUGGUGACCAAGAGCCCAUAAACGGGUUGCUAGAGAAGAAAACCGCCAUGCUCGAGAAGAUACAAUACCUUUCUUCGGAAUGCAGCCCGACACUCGUUCACAAUGACAUAAAAGGCGAACAUAUCCUCGUAGAUCCCCGAAGCGGUCGGGUAACUGGGAUCCUCGAUUGGGCAGAUGCUGGAAUUGGGAACCCUGCUGUUGAUAUCGCUGGGUUGGUGUUGACUGUCGGCAACGAUCCUGCGAAAAGAAUCGCCCGGGAAGUGGGAUAUGGAGAGAAUCAAAUAUUGCAAGGGGUUCUCCAGGCUCGAUGCGAAUGUGUCAUAAGGUUGGACGAUCGUUUGAAUGGGGAUGAUAAGCAGAGUCCUGUGGAUUUGUUGCGAGAUCAGCUUUUCCUAUCGCUAGAGGAUUGA